AUGAGUGACAUAAGCAUACCAGAUGCGGCGCCUCCAGAAGAAAGCCGCCCCCAGGACACAUCCACACCCACUCAAGACGCUCACAAUGAAGUAGCGCGCACUCCCUGGAGCAUUGAAGAGCGCCUUUUCAUCCAGCUGCAAGCCGGAUUUGCACUCGCUGCCGCCACCCUGCCCAUCUGUACGGUACUCCCGCCGACAGGCCAGAGCUACUACAACGUCUUCCGCCGCUUCUUCGAUACCGUCCAACCAGGUACCGCUGAGGCCACUUCCGACCAGAACACAACCGCAAUCCAGCGGAGCCAAGAAGAAUACCUAUUCCAGCAACAGGAGCUGGUACACGGUGCACUGUCGAGGACAGAUGAAUUGGUGCGGAAGGCGAUGAAUUCCGGGGAGUUCAUGAGGGGGAAGAUGUGGACAGUUGAACAGGAAGUCUUCGACGAGUACCGAAAGAUUUGUGAAGAGAUUGGUCUCGAUUUGCGGAUCGAAGACUUGAGGCAUAACAAGGAAGUGUUCGGCUUCUUGUACCGGAUUGUUUGCGAGAGGUUCCCUGAGUCGUGCGGACAUACGCCCACCGGCUCAGACAUGGACGUUUCCGAGGCCACUGCUGACGACGACAUGCCCGACAGCGAUGCGGACAGCGCUGCGAGUGAGGCCGACUUCGAGGAUACAAGGAGUCCUUCGCCAGCGCAGGAUGACGCGCAAGCCGUGAAGAAAACUACACGACGAGCGAACACGAGGGACGCGAAGCCCACCGAUGCCUCCGAGGACAACAACACGUCGCGGCAGGUCCGUAAGUCAGGUCGUAGAGUCAAUGUAGCUGACAAAGCGAGAGAGCCUCAGACGGGCACAAAACGCCCCAGGAGGAGCACAACGAUGGAGGAAGAGAGCGAAGAGGAAACUGAAGAUGGAGAAGAAAACAUCGCCGUGGACGAAGAGGAAGACGAGAUCAAAGCGCCACUCAAGAAGCGCAUCAAGCCGACCGGAAGGCCCAAGGCCACCAAGGGUCAUGGAGAAAAUCGCAAGAAGAACGACGCCUGGACCAAUGCCGAGCGCAAUGUCAUCGUGGCGUUUUUCAACAACAAGAUCUCGGAGCAAGGAUUGAUCUACUGGGUAAAUAACCUCAAUGAUAUGAUGAACGAUGCCACCACCGCGGUGAACGCAUAUAGGGCCCUGGAUGCAACCACAUAUCCUGGUGGUCCUCGCGGAAUGGAUGGUGUUCGAUCGCAGAUCCACAAGAAGCCCGGUUACCAGCUUAUCAAAACCCAGGCUGAGGAGCUGAGAGCUAAGAAUGCCAAUCCCAAGAAGACAGUUUCAGAGGCAGAGCUGAAGCCGCGAGAUCUAUUCAAGUUGGCGGAUAUUGAGCCCGGCAGGAGCAGGGGAUGA